AAUUGACGCCGCAAUAAUGGACACAUACCGCAAGGAGUAGCCCCAUCAAUUCUAUUAACUACCUAUCCCAACGUCCUUGGCGUACGCCCUUCUCAAUCGUAUCUGCUUUUGAUAGGUGGAAUAUUACUACGUACGGCGCCUCCUGUCCUGCCCGUUUCUUUACUGUAGGGCUGCACAACCAGCGUCCGUCUACGGAAAUUAGAAAUUCUUUGGUUGAACACUCCGUGCAACACUUGAUAGCUUCCUGUGGUACCGCCCUUUGGGUGAGUGGAUCUCGCCCUGGGAAGAUUUCUUGGAUUUAGCGUAGUGUCAGCAAAGUCGCACUGGGGUGAGCUCACACAUUAAUACAAUUCUAGGAAUCCCCCCCAUCUCUGGCUUGACAUUACCAGACGACUGUAUCCCUGCAAAAAUGGCGUUGCCAUUCAAGAAAGACCUGGAGAAGUACAAGGAGAUAGAUGAGGAUGAGAUCCUCAACAAGCUCUCAGAAGAGGAGCUCAAACAACUGGAAAAUGCUCUGGAGGAGAUGGACCCAGAGAAUGCACUGUUGCCAGCUGGCCUGCGACAGAAAGACCAGACAGGGAAGCAAGCCACAGGCCCCUACGACCGAGACCGGCUGCUCACCUACCUGGAGAAGGAAGCCCUGGAGUACAAAGAUAGAGAAGACGUGGUGCCCUUCACAGGGGAACGGAAAGGAAAAGCGUUUGUGCCCAAGCAGAAGCCCAUGGAAACCCGACAGGAGGAUGUGACGACCCUUGACCCGGAACUAGAAGAAGCCCUCUCCAGCGCCACAGACACAGAACUCUGUGACCUUGCAGCGAUCCUUGGGGUGCACACACUAGUGACGAGUACACAGAGCUAUGACGGGACCAGCAGUAAAGACGGCUACAAUAACAUCAUCAAGGGUGAAAAGGUCAAUCCUGUUUUUGACGAGCCGCCCAACCCCACCAACGUCGAGGAGACGCUGCAGCGGAUAAAGUCAGACGACUCCUCUUUGACUGAGGUCAACCUCAACAACAUCAAGAAUAUUCCGAUACCCACACUGAAGGACUUUGCUAAGGCCAUGGAGAAGAAUACGCACGUGAAGAAGUUCAGCCUGGCGGCCACACGGAGCAACGACCCCAUUGCCGUGGCGUUUAGUGAUAUGCUGCGAGAGAACAAGGCCCUGAAGAGCCUCAACCUGGAGUCCAACUUCAUCACCAGCGCUGGGGUGCAGGCCUUAGUUGAAGCCCUGAGGGACAAUGAGGGACUCAUAGAGAUCAAAAUUGACAAUCAGCGACAGCAGCUGGGAGCCAACGCUGAGAUGGAGAUCGCCAAGAUGCUGGAGCAGAACCCGAGCAUCAUCAAGUUUGGGUACCACUUCACCCAGCAAGGCCCGAGGUCCAGAGCAGCAGCAGCCAUCACCAAGAACAACGACCUGGUGCGCCGGAAACGAAUGGAGAGGGAGUAGAGGUGCUGAGCGGCCGGCCCACUCCACUCCGUCCCCGUCUGCCUGCCUGCCUGCCUGCCAAACCCCCCCGCUCCCCCCGCUCCUCGGCUCCCCCCCUCCUCGGCCCCGACUCCACUGCACCCCCCCGACUCCACUGCACCCCCCCAGUCUUGUGCCAAAACUCUCGGAGCAGCAAGGCAUCCUCACCACCCAGAGCUCCCCCGGGAAGAAGGGAAAUAACUGGAACAGCCCUCUUCUUUUCUUUUCUCUGCAUUUACAUUUUGUGUUUGUUUUUUGCUGUUAUUAUAUGUUAUAUAUAUUAUCAUUCCAGCUGUGAUUUUUUUUUUUUUCCAAGAGUUGUCAUUCCAUUUGUUUUUCAUCAUUUUCUUGUCUUGCUUGUGCAAGAUGUUUUGGCUUGCUAAUGGUUUUGUUCAUUUGGGUAUUUUUGGGGGUAUUAAUUUUUGUUUUGUUUUUGUACUCAGCUGAAAACUAGGAUAGGAUGACUACAGCUUACUGGACUGUACAAAUCCUUGGUCAUCAGUACAUGCAUCUAGCUCUGUAGGGCCAACCUUUAAGAGCACAUGUAACAGAAAGAGUAGAAAGGAUGUUAUUGGUCCAUCCGGGCCAGGUGAUCACUGAGCCUCUCGGACUCAGGCCCAUCUCUAAAGGCUGACCUCUGACCCUCUCAAGCGUCACUGCAAGAGGUGGGAGAUGGACGCGCGCUCUAGACUGAGCUUUGGACAUCUUCUGAUGAGGGCUCACAGGGCUUUUGUGGCCGACUCCAUGGAAAGAUCUAAGUUUGAAGUCUUCAGUGUGUCUCUGCUAGUCUAGGUGUCUCUUCAUGGUUUUCACCAGGUCCCUUUUUUCAUUGGUGUGUUAAUCAAGCACCAUGCAGUCUGCACUCAUAAUCCAGGUGCUUGAUUUGAUACACCUGUGGAAAGGGACCGUAUGAACCUCCUGAAUAGGGAGAGACAGGGUUCCUAUGUCUGGCACGUGAGCUUGGGCCGCUUCAUCUCCUGUGUGUUACGCAGUGCAGCUGUGGGGGGAGGCCAGAAGCGCAUCAGGUGCCGUGUUCAGUGGCAGAGGACUGGGACGCUGUCAGACACCUACUGCAGGCUGGACUGAGCUGGACAGUCUGCUGGUUAAAUACAGCACAGGCCUCUAUGCAUGCGUUAGCACUCCACAAACUAGCACUGCUGACUGCCCCACCGGGCCUGUUUAUCCGAGGUGUCACACAUGUGGAUAACAGCACAUAGCUUUCAGUGUUUGUGUGUGUGAGCGAUAGUCCGUGUGUGUGUGUCUGAGAGAGAAAGAGAGAGUGCGUGUGUGUGUGUGUGAGUGUAAGUGAUUUGAGAAGUCAGAGGGAUUGGGACUGGGAGUGGACAUGCACCUCUAGAGCAGGUUUGACUGCUUCACCAUAGUCCCCUCCCUACUGAAGUGCCCUCGCUGGGACACGGUUCUGUUGAAUCUCUUAUGCUUUGUGUUCCCCUGGCAAGGGACAAGGGAACUAGACAAUUAGCAUCUUGUUUGAUUUGAACUAUUUUAAAUGCUAAAAAGGUAAUUUUUAAAAAGGAAAAACAAAAGAAAUAAAAAGCAGAUCAGGUUAAUGCGUUUCAAAAGAGUAGCCAGACGAAAGCUGGUCUACCGAUGCCAAAGACUGAUGCAGCUCAUGAACACUGGUGGGCUCCUUUAUGUUUGGAUCUGGGUUGUACUUUGACUAUGUUUGCUGUAAUGUCUAGCUUAAAGGAUGGAGGGCGCUCCAUUCAGAGUCAACUGUGGUUAUAAUUGUGGAGCUAAAUGCUGGGAUAACCUGUGCACAAGGUCUCUGGACUCCCAGGCUGUCACACCACUAAGGCGGAAACGAUCCCCCCGCACACUAAUGCACAUACACUCACUCUUGCAAACACACAUACACAUAAUUGUGUUUCUAUAUAGGAUGCUAGCAGAAGUAUGCUGUUCAUUAUGGAAGAGGUCAACAGGAAUUGGCUGGAUCUUUUUUCACGGGAACACGUGAGCAUGCUUUAGAUGUGAUCGCUCAGACCAAUUUAGCAUUCCAUUUUAUGUUCUGUUGUUUGCACCUCUUUUUGAAUAGAGAUGUGUUAACAUAGCCUUGUGGACCAAUCAGCACGUCUGUGAUCAUGCUUGUCUAUUUUUCUGUCUGUCUUUUGUCUAUGAACUUGAGUGUAUGUAUUGCGAUUCAUUUUUAAGGUUUUGUACAUCUGUGCUUUGAGCCAUGAUGUCAGGUGUUUUUGCUUUUGUUUGUUUGUUUGUUUGUUUGUUUUGUUAUGUUUCUUUUUUUUUGUCUUUUCGGGUAGCUGGAUCAUGCUUAUAUAAACCACGUCAGUGAAAUGGCUCUUGCCCUGUGACAUGUCUGAUCUUUUGAUGUGUAAUAUAGAUAUCCAUCUCGAGACCUCUUCUUCACAGAAACUCUUCCCAACCCUUCGUAUAUAAUACAAAUAUCUAUAUAGAAUAAUAAAUAUCAAUGGUAAGGCACUCUCCGCAGAUUUUUUUUUACCUUAAUACUUCAACUCUGGACUCAAGAAGAGGAAAUAUUAUGUACUGUUAUUAACUCCAUGGCUCUCUGUGGCACUGUAAAAAGAAUGAAACAUUCUGAAUAAUAAAUGUUUUUACGUAUCA